AUGUGUGGACGAUAUGCUCUGGGUGUGCGAUUGGCGUACAUGCGACAGCAGCUAGAAGACAGGGGCAUGCUAGUUGAUGACGCGCCAGAAGAUGAAGAUAUCCGAGAAACAUUCAACUUUGCUCCUGGUAAUUUCGGCGCUGUUUAUCGAGCAGACACGCCUGACAGGGGCUAUGACCACCAGGAAGCACCAAACGAAGGCCAGCAUAAUGAAGACGAAGCAUCAAAAGAAGAAGAACUCGAAAAGAAAAAGGAUGCGUCAGGAAAUAUCAAAUACAAGAUUCAAAGUAUGAAAUGGGGUCUUGUUCCCUUUUGGACCAAGCGUGCGCAGGACUAUGGCUCCAUGAUGCGUACUAUCAACUGCCGAGACGACUCAUUGAAUGAAGAUCGGGGCAUGUGGACGACAAUGAAGCGAAGGAAGCGAUGUAUUGUCAUAUGCCAAGGCUUCUAUGAAUGGCUGAAGAAAGGACCGGGUGGUAAGGAAAAGGUUCCUCAUUUCGUCAAACGAAAAGAUGGAGAUUUGAUGUUCUUUGCGGGACUAUGGGAUUGUGUGCAAUAUGAGGGUUCAGACGAGAAAAUCUACACUUACACUGUCAUCACAACCUCGUCGAACCCUUACCUUGCAUUCCUACAUGAACGCAUGCCUGUUAUUCUAGAAGCUGGGUCGGAAGCAAUGAGGACAUGGCUUGAUCCCAAGCGAACGACAUGGUCAAAAGAAUUGCAGACUAUGCUUAAGCCGUACGAAGGCGAGCUAGAAUGCUACCCCGUCACGAAAGAGGUUGGCAAGGUUGGGAACAACUCUCCCGACUUCAUCAUCCCAGUCAACAGCAAGGAGAACAGGAGCAAUAUUGCCAAUUUCUUCAAUAAUGCUAAGAAAAAGGCAGACGACCAUAUGGCCAUUUCAGAUGUCUCUCCGAAGCAGGAAUCCGUUUCUCUGCAGGCAAAACCUGAAGAUGACAACAGCUUAGAGACACUUGAUAAAAAAGGUAUCAAGAGGGAGCAUAGUACGCCGAGCACUGAUGAACACAAUAAGAAGCAGAAAAUCGUUGAAAGCACAAUCUCUCCGUCCCCAUCGAAAUCGAAGAUGCGCAGCGCCACCCACAAUACACCUAAGAAAAAGUCUGGUCCGACCAAACUGACCGGUGGAUCACAAAGGAUCACUAACUUUUUCAAAUAA